AUGAACUAUUCCUUCUUAUUGUGGCUUUCAGUGACUAUGUCAUCGGCAGUCACCGGGUCGUCAAUGAGUCGGGCCAGCACGGCUCUGGAAACAAAGGCGAUGCAGGCUCCAGAAUCUCCGAGUCUCGAUGCGUUGUCUGUUUCGAGUGUUGCAGAGAUGAGUCGCAGCCAAAUGGCUUUGUCUCCAGCCAUUUCAUCUGUGUCAUGGGAUGAUGAUGGUGGAGACCUGGCCCCUUUUGGUUCGAUCAGGCAAAAAUGCUGCCAGGCGAAGCGCACCAUCACCCCUGUGAGAAUCACUCAGUCCACUAAUUACGCUUCGGGCAACGGGACAAACGGCAGUAGUGCCUCCAGAACACAGACCGGGACAAGCACCGGCGGUGCGGCCAGGGCGCACUUUGCCGUGGGAGCUUUGGGAUUGCUUGCCAUUUGUAUAGUUUAG